AUGCGAAUUUGUUUUCAACUUUUAUUUUUAUUAUAUUUUAUAUUUAUAAAAAAGAGUUUACAAAAAGGUGAGUAUUUUGAAAUUUAUCUCAUGAAGUUUCAGUUAAUUUUUCCGCAGAAAAAAUUGAGUUCCAAACAAAAAACAAUUUUCUAGCCGCUUAUCUUCGUGAUCGUCCACGUGGCCUUGGUCUUCUUCAAAUCCCAACAGGAAUCUCUGACGAACGUUCGAAACCAUUUUUUCCGAAUUUGAGUAUCGCUGGAAAUAAGAUCGGAAAUAAACCACAAACAGUUCCUGAUAUCAGUUUACCCGGUCAAACUGCAAACUUUACCGGAUUGUCCAGUUUUCACCCGUUUACACAUAUUUUGUCGGCGACUUAUACGGAAGAUUUAUCCGAUAGUUGGGGAUCUGGAUUUGCUGUUAAUGUAAGUAUCUACUCUGGGAUGGGAAAAGGUUCUGAAGAAUAUUGAUUAGAAAUAAUAAAAAUUCUUUCCAUACUUUGAGGUUUUAAUAGAACUACAGUAAUCAUUUGCCAGCUUGUUCGAAACAAUGAAGUUCCAGGAUUUUUUGUGAACCUAGUACACUGUGUGAAAAAAUAACCUUUGAAAUGACAUCUUUUGCCAGUUACCGUAGUUUCCUUUCUGCCCUGAAUUCCACCUUUUUCAGGGUGCAAAUACUCUUGGUCUAAAUGUUCGCAAAAACUUUGAUUCAUACGCUGAUCUUCCACUUAACAUCAACGAUGGAUUAUAUCAACCAUUUAUCCUUACUUCAAUGAUUGGAGGCGAAUACGAUUUAUCGAAAGUUGUCGAAUUAUCUGGAAGUUUGGAUCUACCAAUUCCAGGAUUAAAUGAGAUAUUUGAUUUGGAUGGAAGAUAUAUGAAUAAGGGUUAGAUAGAUCUUUGAGUUGAGAAACAAUUCUAAUCUCGUAUUUUCAGUGCAAGGCCUAAUCAACACUGCUCUCGAAUUUCCUCUAACUUUGACUGAUCCAAAUGAGCGAGGUCUUUAUACUUUCAAAUAUGUCAAUUUUUCACCAGAUCGUCACGCGCAUUAUGGACAUGUUGUGCCAAAUGUGAAUUUAUUUGUGGUCGGAAAAGACAAAAUUAUGGAUCGAUUGAUGAGGAAUAAUUUGAAUCCGACACUUUUGGGAUGA